UUCUGUGCCAGUACUACCAGUGCAAUGCAUGUUCUUGCUUGUUCUGCGUAGUCGGUUCCCAGCGGGUUAUUUCUUAUUUUAUGGCAAAACAACGCACAUUGGGCGUUUGAUUGGUUGCAUUGAAUUUUGGGGUGAAACGCUUAAAGAGCUAUUAUGGCGCAGGGAAUUGCAGAGCUUUGUAAGGUUCUCGACACGCUAACAUCUACGGCACCAACACAUGUUAAAAACGAUUGCAUGGCGAAACUAAAGUGGUUUUGUCGUUCUUCUGACCGUAUGUUGAGGGAAGCCUGUACCCUGAUAAAGGAGAAGCUGGAGGAGGACGACGCUGAUGUUCGUUUAAACACGCUUGCUGUCAUCCAUGAACUGUUCACAAGGUCGCACUUGUUUCGGACGUUGAUCUUGGAAGAUUUUCAGAGAAUUCUCGAACUGCUCGUCGAAACAAACCCAGACCUACCGCUUCCCGGAACUCCGGCAGCGUCCAAGAAAUUAAAGGAAAAAUCCUGGGAAACGAUCGAAAAGUGGAACGAGAAAUUCGGAGCUAGCUACAAAAUUCUUUCCCUUGCCGUGGAAUACUUGAAGACCCGUAAACAGAAGAUACAGCAAGCAGAAGAGCAGCCUACCUGGGCUCGAAGGCUUCUUGCUGAGAUUUCUGAGCGGACACCAGAUGUGCAACUCAGUGUUACGCAAAUGGAAAACUGCUUUCGUCUGUUGGUGCCCAGUGAGACAGAAGAGAAAGGCAAGGAACCUGCACCAGCCAUAGAUCCAUUGCCAGGAACAUCAUUAGCCGAGCGUCUAAGAGACCAUGCAGUGCCUCUGACUUUCAAUCUGGAAAUAGAAUUGUCACGGAAAGUAAAUGUGCGGAAGACAGCAGACAAUGAAGAAGUCCUGGACACUCUGCGACGACUCCACAAAGAGCUAAUGGAGGCAUUCUUUCCAAUGGUUAAAAAGUGGCUUAAAGGACUGGCCAAGAUUAACCAUCCAAUAGAAGUACUGAGGAACACAAUUGACCUUAAACACCGCAUUGAAAUUGUGCACGAGAAGUUUGGAGAGUUGAAUGUGGGAUCUGAGGACUCCUCUGACAGUGAACUUGAAGAGGUGCCAGAAAAGGAAGGCUUUGAACCUGUGGUUCCUGCUGGCAGGCGGGCUGAGUACGGCCUCACACCUGUAGAGGAAAAGCCAAAAGUGAAUGCACCAGGUAAAGCUUCUCGACACAAGAAACCUGAUGAAGUGUCUGACCCAACUUCUCGAGAGGCGCAGCUGCUCAGGCUUAACAGGAUGCUCAGCAGUGAAAGCAACAGUGAUGAUGACAAGCCAACUAGUAAGAUUGUACCCAGCACUAAAGACCUUGAAGAGGCUGGUCCAAGCAGAUCCAAUAGUGCGCCAGUGCGGAACAUUGACCUAGACUUGAUUUACUGGGAACAAGACAAGAUUGAAAAAGAAGCAGGCAGUGGCUUCAGUGAUCUGAACUGUGUUUGGAAAGGGACCUCCAAGGAUGAUGAUAAUGUGAAAGCACAGGCGUUGCCAUUUCGGGAGAGGCACAUUGAAUUCAGUGGGACAUUUGAGCCAGUAAAGUGGGCCUGCCGUGCACCGCUUCCUAGUGGCAAAUUGUGUCCUCGACGUGAUCGGCUGAAGUGCCCUCUGCAUGGCCCAAUUGUGGCCAGGGAUGAGCUUGGCAAUCCACGGGACCCAAGCUUGGUAAAGCAAACACCAAGUGUGCCUGAGUGGCAAGAUCCCCAGCUGCUCCGGGACCUGGAGGCAGCCACAGGUGUCCAGCUCCGCGUGGGCCGACCAGUGCGGAAGCAGCACAGUCGUCGCCGUCAAGUAACCACUGCUAGGCAGCGUCUUGAGAAGAAGGUUUUGAACAAACGAGCAGCAAAAAAAGUGGCCGAAUCAAUGGAUGCCAUCGACAGCAAGAAGUUCAGUGAAAAGUUUGGGCACCAGUGGAACUAUGCAUUAGGGACAUGAGAGAGCCAACUCUUUUUCAAUGAUAGGCGCGUAUUUUUUUACCACUGUGAAAUUGAAGAGGCCUAUUCAAACCUGUACAUGCAUGAGCACUUGCUGCAAAACACCUUAUGCAUUUCUAAGUUGGUGCUGAGCAUGACCUCAGCACACAUAUAGGUGUUUGUGAAGGCACAGCGAUGCUUAGUGCAUUGAUCUCGAAAGUGUGGGUGGGUAUGUUAUAAGAAUAAAGUGACCUCUGGUAAAGCACUGUCUGGGUGACAGCUUCUGCAUACUUUGAAAAACUUUCUGAGCAACAUAGUUUGUUCAGGAGCUAGUGGGCUACUCUGGCAAUAAAUUUAACUUUGAGCUCUAAUAGAUGAUUCCAUAUGCAACAAUGACAAUCACCUGUUUAAUUAAGCUUGUUGUCAUUGUGGUGUAACUACUAUGUUCUUAAAUGAACACGUAUCAUUAGGCUCAUCGUUGUCUCAGCUUUACAUGCUUAUCACAAGAAACUGUUGGGAUUGGUUCUGAUCAAAUUAGAGGUGUCUUUUGCUGCAUAUGUUCUGACAUUAUGGCUUGUGUAGAGGUGGAACUACAACAAUACUUACUCAAAUGUGCAUCAAAGAACAAACUAUGCUGAUGCUUGUAAAACAUAAAUGAGUCAUUUCUUGCACUGUGGCAUUGCUAUCCAUAUCGAAUGUGUGCAAACAAAAGCUUCGUUGAUGCAGUUUAAAAUGUAAUGCUUUAAUGUAGUGAAUCUGUCUAAUAAAUUUCCUAUACAUAGUCUCCUUAGAGAAUGACUGUAUGUCAAGGCAUUCAAGUACAAAUUCACCACAGUCUUACUUAUAGCAUUGUUGCUUGUUUGGAAUGCAGUGGUUCAGUUGGCUAGAAGCUGAACAUUGGAUGUCUGUUCACUAAGAGUAUGAAAAUAAAAUGGUUCUCUAACGUUA